GGCGCCGUACCGGGCAUGCGCACUUCAUUUUGAGUUGCGGCGCGAAAACUUCCGUGGGCGGUCCAGUCCAUCGCGCUGUGUUUACGUCCUCAUAUAGGUUGGUCAAAUUCGUCAUAUUUUUUAGGUUUUCAGUGAUAGAUCUUGCGUACAAAGUUGAUCACGUCGAACGUGAACUUUGACGCUACGAGACAACGUUUCUCAGGACAGACACUGAGACAGUGGGGAGCUUUGUGCUUCUGUUUCUCGUCUGCACGUUUCUGUUUUAGUUUCAACUUUCAGCCGAUCCACACGUUUGCUGCAAAACAAUGCCAGGCACAGGAAGGUCACGGUCAGGUGGCCAAGCUGACAGGGAGCCGCGGGACAACACGGCGGAGAACGGUGGCCCUGCGGCCGGGGAUGGAGCGGGACAGUCGGACGGGUUGGGGGACCAAGAGCCGGGCACCCUGGCGUCCACGCCCGGCAGGAGUGAGGCGGACAUGCCAGACAGGAGACAGCUCAGGCACAAGUACAGGACCCUCAUCAAUGAAACUCAGAAAAAUAGACUGGACCUGAUCAGACCUGAAUCCAAGGGUCUGAAUGACAUGCUCAACAAGGCCAAUGGAUACUUCAAAAGUGUCAAAAUGACCAGGGAGGCAGCCUUGGACUCCCAGUUCCUGGUGCUGGCAUCAACGUUGGGCAGUCAGAAGGCCAACCAACUCCACACAGACUUUGUAACAUUCGAGCCUCAUGUGUUUGCAGAUAAACUGGUGAGCUUCAUGACAGGCAGACGAACGAUCCCUGAGGAUGCAGAUGAAGAUGAUGAGGAUGAGGAGGAGAACAGGAGGCGGGCAGUCAGGAUACCUGCUGCAGGAUGGGAGAAACUGGGAGAAGAUGCCAGGAGAUGCUUCAAUAGAGCACCAGCAUUCCAUUUUCUGUAUGGGUCCUUUAACCGAGAGGCCAAGGCGCGGGAAUCCAGGAAACUGAAUAGAAAGGAUGCAAGCAAGUCCGUCGGUCCCAAAACUGUCCCCAAACAGGUGAAAAAUUGUGAUGAGAAUUCAAAGGAGCAAACCACAGCAGAGGUGGAAUUCAUUCACAAGGCACUGAGGACUCUUACCGUAGAUGAGGAUGGUAAUGUGGAUCCUAUCGACUACUUUGAGUUUGUGUUUGAUCCAGAAUCAUUUGGUCGAACUGUGGAGAACAUUUUCCACCUGUCUUUUCUUGUCAGGGAUGGUCACGCUAGAAUAUAUCUCAAUGACGAACACCUUCCAGUGUUAGAACCUGCUGAGCCAUACACAGAAGCAGAGUCAGAUGACAGGGUGGAGCGAAACCAAGUGGUGGUAUCCCUCACUCUGAAGGACUGGAAGCGUAUCAAAAAGGAAUUCGAGAUCACUUCCAGAUACUUCCCGAGAAGAGUGGACUUUGAGAGCGGUGAGGGGCCCAGCGGAGGGCAGAACGGCCACACCAGCUCGGAUGAUGAGGACGGACCUCCACCAAGACAGAGAAGAACAUGACAUUCCAAUCGCGUGCCAAGAAACAAAAGGACCUCUGUGCCUUUAUAAAAUAGGAUUUUCUCCAGCUUCUGAGAUAAACAAACUUAAAGUUAUUUUUUUCCACAUGAUCAGCCUUUUAAAUUAAGAGAUGCGUAUAAGAAAGUUAUCUAUUUGGCUUUAGUACUAAGAGAACUUCUGUACUUCUACACAUUCUAGAUGACCAUUAAAAAAGUAGAUUUCCUUUUAUGUGUGAAACAACUCCACUGUUUAUAGUACACAUUCAGCUGGCAACAGUAUGGAAGAGUCUCUGAGAUAGAGAGUGAUGUGCUGUGUGUGUUGGAAAGGGUAGAUGAAAGCGAUUUGUACCAUGUCACUAAAACUGCAUAUAUUUGUAUCCCAGAGUGAAAUAUUUUUGAUGUACUGUAUGUUACCAUGGAAAGGACAAAGGCUAGGGUUACUAUCACAGAAGAGAUUUGUAAUAGAUGUUGGGAAGUCUUUAUGUAGAAAGAAAAGGUUGUGCAAACCAUACAUUUGUUAUUAAGCAAGUGACAUUGUUUAAUUGAUCAUCUUGACAGUCUCAUCAAGUAGCUGUACCAUUGUAACCUGUGUUAGUGGUAAAUUAACUGUUAAGUAUAUUUCACUGAAAAUGUUUGAACGGCAAUCUCUAUAACAGCAAAAAGUAUUGUGUAAUCUGGUUAAAAUAAGUGGAGAAAGACAGGGAAAAGGUACAUGGUAUGUACAUUAUGUGCACAAGCAGAAAAGUGCAAUAUAUAGGAGGAGAUGGGUCUGUUCUUGUAGCCUGAGUAUCAUCCGUAUUCUACCGGGGCUCCUUACACUCGCAGGAGCCCCGGUAGAAAUAGGAUGGUACCCAGGCUACUGUUCUUGGGCUAUCUUUUAUCAAUUCUGCAGGUAGAUGUCCUAGAUCUGUCAGCUGUCACUUUCCUUUGAGUACCCAAUAGAGGCAGUUCCAAUACUGACCAUAGGGCAGAAGAUUCAUGUAAGUCAAACGUAGUCUUUGUUCAUUAGUUCUGAUCCCACUUUUACUUGGUCCAUAGCCAUAUGUUACUUAGAUGUCCAGGAAAGCGUAUUUGCUUUGGGGAAGUUGAAAAAAACAUUCCGCAGCUAUACUAUAAUGUGAUGCCAUCCACUGAUAUUUUUAUUUAUUUCUUUGAUAACCAUAUUGUUCUUGUAUACUAGUGGUUUAGUCACCUGUUGAACUAAAUGUUACACCUGUUUAUGCUUGGCCUCCAAUUUCUACAGGGAAGUUUUGGAGUAGCCAGUAAUAAGUUACUUAACACUUUUUUUCACAUUUGUUCUAACUAAUAUUAUACUUCUUAAAAUAAGAUAGUUCAAAGCAUGAACAAUUGUGACUGCUUUAUGGUUAAUUAAGUGUAGAUGCAUGGUAACCAUCCUGUCCUGUGACAAAAAAUGUUUUUCUAUCAUAAUUUGUAUCUUAAAUUUGUAACCGUUGCAAUAAAGUUUUAUGCAUUAC